ACAUCGAGUGACUGAUUAUAAUCACUAUACUGUUGGUGAUUUUUAUUGACUUAAAACAUUAAAUUAAAGAAAAAUUUGAGCCCUUACAAUCGAUAAAAAUCGAUGGCAGCCUUUAGGGGCCUCGCCCGGUUGCCCCUCUCUUCCAACAAAAAAAAAAAAAGAAAAAAAAAAAUCUCUCUUUUAUUCUCAAUGCGAAGUCAAAACGUUCACUGGACUGAUUUCAUCUUCUUCUAUUCUCUACUCAUACUUUACCAAAGAAGUCUUCCAUAACUGCUUGCAUUCCCCUCUCUCUCUCAAUCUUCAUAAAUCACAAUUCAAAAUGCCCGAUUCACCGCCACCUGAACCACCAUCAUCACCACCACAACCACAACCAAAAGAAUCGCAAGAGUCAGAAUCUCAAAACCCUAGCCCUAACCCUGAAUCUGAGGACCCAUCUCAGAAUCCUAAACCUUCAACCCCUGAAACUCAAAACCCACCUCCAGAAAACCCAUCUAAUCAACCUCAAGAAGAAUCUGAAGAACCCCAUGUUGCAGAUGAUGAUCAAGACCUUCAGGAUGAUCCCGAGCCCGAGCCCGAACCCGAGAAUGAUCAGGCAGAAGGUAUGAAUGUCUCUGUUUCUCCUCAUCAUCCUUCAAUGUCGUCUGAAACUCAAUCUAUUGCGCAAGAAUUUAAGGGUAGUAAUAACCCAUCUGCUUCCGUUCGUCGUACAUCGAAACGGAAGAAGGGGAAUAAGAAUAAUCAUGUUAGUAAGAUUGCUUUGGAGAGGAAAAUGCUGCAAUUGUCUCAAGGUUUUAAGCCUAUUCCUUUUGUUCCUCGAAAAGUUCUUGACUUUUCGAGGUAUGAGGAGUUUUUGAAGAAGUUGGAGUUGUGGGAUUUUGCUCAUAUUGAAUUUGAUAGGAAUAUUAGGGUUGAUUUGAUUGGGAAGUUAAUUGUGAGUUAUAACCCGAAAAAUCGAUGUAGUUAUGUUGAUGAAUCUAGGAUUGGGGUUAGUAGGGCUGAUUUGGGGCGGGCAUUGAAAUUACCGAAGAAGCUGGAUUGCGAAGGGGAAAGUUUUCCGGCGGAAUAUCUGACGUUUCUGGAUGAGUUUGUGGCGAAUUGGAUGAUUUUACAUGAGGAUGAGGAUUUGUGGUGUAUGCCAAAGGAGAUUGUGGGAUGGACAAAAUUGAUAAGGGAUGGGAGUCCUCAGAAGGUUGAUUGGGCUGGGUUGAUGUGGUUUAUGGUGGAUAAGGAGUUGGCGCAACGGACCAGCUUGAAGGAGUGUUAUUAUGCAUCGCAUUUGCAGCUCAUGAUCAAGGCGCAGAAGGAGGAAUUGUUUAGGGAGUCUCCAAACAUGGAGGUGGAAAAAGUUAAGAUGGAAGGUGAAAAUUUGGAGGAGGCUGUUACCGUGGAUGAUGAUGAAGAUGGUGGUGAUGUGAAGAUGGACUUUGAGAAGUCAGCUAGUGCAGGGCAGAAGGUGGAGGAUCAAAAUAUUGAAUUGAGGCUUGGCCAGGAUUGUGCUGCUUCUGUGGAAUGUGUUGGUGAUGCUGGUGAAGUAAAGGAGGAUAAUGACUGUCUUGCUGGUGAGGUGGAGAAGGUUGAGGAUUUCGAAAAAGCAAAAGAAGAGGAUAUUAACUGGAUUUCUGGAGGUGUCGAUGAGGGUAACAAGGUGGAAAGUAUUGAGAAUGCUGAAAAUGGUGAUAACAUUGAAAAUGUUGAUCAUGUUGAAAAUUUUGAUCACAUUGAAAAUGUUGAUCACAUUGACAAUGUUGAGAAUUCCAGGGAGGAGAAUAAGGGUGAGGACAUGAUGGGAUUUGAGGAUGACAUGGGAGAAGAACAAGGUCAGGGGCAGUGGUUUUUAAAUAAUAAAAUUGGGGGCCAGAACUUUUUGCAGCGUUGUAGUAUGGCCGGGGCAAAUGUCUCUGAAGUUAGAGGAUUUGAGGAUGUUUCUGAAGAUGUAGAAGACGAUGAAGUUGAUGGGGAUGGACAUGUAGAAGGGUUCAAUAUCAUGCCAAAAAGUCCAUUGAAUGGUAUGACUUCAACAAAUCUCAUACAAGCAUUUCAAACAGGGCAACUGCCUUAUUCAACUGAACUUGGGGGUCAGUCUUCUUUAGAGCUCUUGGCAUCUACUGCUGAUAAUGAUGUGAUGAUCGGUGCCCCUUCCAUGUUUAAUCAUAUUGGUAAGAGGGAGAUCGACAAUGAUCAUGACAUUUCUCACCAUGCGCUAAAUGGUAAUAAUAAGAGGAUGAGACUUGAUGGCAAUUGGGAAGAUAAACCUCCAGAAUUUAACUAUUGUGUGGAUCAAUUACAAUAUUGGAUUGAGAAAGCUAAAAUAAUCCGUGCAACGGAGAAAAAUGCAGACCAGCAAGCAAGUAUGGCUCAACAGCACUAUAUGGAGCAGCAAUUAUCUGCAAAGGACUGUGAGAUUAUGCAGUUGAAUUACAAGCUUAGUGAUCUAGAGAGGAGCAAACAGGCAGAAGUCAAUCGUCGUGAUAGGGAGCUCUAUCUGAUGAACAGUGUGAUAGAUGGUUAUCGCAGGGCUUUAAAACAAACCCAAAAGGCAUUUGCUGAUUACCGGAAGCGUUGCCAAGUACCUGAUGAACCAAUCUAUAAAGAUGCUGGUUUUGGCGGUGUUGUCAAAAGUGUCAUGGAAUUGGAGAGAGAGAAAUUGAAGCAAGAUGAAGAAAACAAGGUGAUGUGCAAUCUAAUUGAGGAAACUUAUUGGAAAAAUUUAGAAGAUCUUGAAGUGAAGUGGGACACUGAGGUUUUGGCAAAGUUUCAGUCUCAAGAUAGCAGGCUUAUGGAUGCUAAAAAGGAAAUCGAACUACUGAAAAAUCGUUUUAGGAAGCGAGCGAUGCCAGCAAAUAUUCAGACUAAGCUGCAAGGUCCUUCAAAAUGAUGGAAGGUUUGUUAGGUGAUGUAGAAAAGGUGCUGUAUCUCUAUCAAGUGUCUUUGUUUCGCUAGUAUGAAAAUCGCCACUGUUUAGGAAUAUGUAAAUGCCUAGUACUAAUGGCUGUUGCAACAGAUCUACCUAUUGUCAUAUUUACGUAUGCAACUCAGGCUUGCCAUAUGAUUAAUAUCAAUGCUAAUUAAAUUGCUAGUGUGUAUUACUACUGGAAUAA